AUGGUGCAAGGCCACUAUCCUCAUCCCGAGGGAAAACAUCCGCUUCCCUACCCCUUAGCGUCCACAAUUCCCGCCGGACCGCCCGACCAAGCAGAGCAGCCAUACCGGUCGCGCCUCGGAGCCGUGGUGAAACCCGGAGAUAUCGCAACCAAAGACCCAUAUGCCGCGCUCAAGCACUUCAACACCGUAUUCCUAAUCGACGACUCCGCCUCCAUGGAACCAUACUGGGGCGAGGUCGGCGCCCUCCUCAGCAAGAUCGCCCCAAUCUGCACUGAAUACGACCCGAACGGCAUCGACAUCGAGUUCCUCAACCACCGCGCCCGCGCCCGCAGCUUCUGGCCCACGACCUGGAGGGGCUACAGGAAUAUUGGAAUCGCCAACGGCGUGCCGGAAAUGCGCGAUAAUGUCUUGGGCAUCUAUCGCGGCGUCAAGCCCAAGGGGAAGGGUUGGAUGGAUUCGUGCUUGGGGGAUAUUCUGGGCAACUCUUUCUAUAAUUAUGUCUUCAUUGAUUAUGGGAAGCAAAACCUCCCACCGCUUAAUCUGAUUGUCAUUGCGGCCGGUUUCUCGGAGGAUGAUCCGCGCAAAUCGCUGGUGGAGACCGCGAGGAGGCUUGACAUUCACAAGGCACCCCUUCAUCAAGUCGGGGUACAGUUUUUCUUGGUUGGAAAUCAAAGUAGCAUCCACAAAGGUGUCAACAGGAUUCCGUAUAUCGAUGACCAACUGUUUCUAGAUGAAGGCGUGAGGGACAUUGCAGAUACGGUGACCUGGACUGGAAAGAAGCCGGGGGAGCUAGGUACUUUCGGCGAAUGA